CGAGUAUCUGCAGCUAUCGAAUUCACUAACGCCAAUGCACAAACACAUUAUUUCAAACCGAUUUCAAAACAAUGAAAACAAGAAGUGGCAAGGCAUUUAUCUCUUCUGGUCGGGUUUCGGACUCGGGCUCCGGAAUGCGGGCAAGCCUUCGUGCAAGCCACCGCCCCCCGAAAAGAGGAGGCGCAUGGAGCCCUGCCAGGAUCACGCGGAAACCACGAACCAAUGUGUCCAGGGUCUCAGGCCUUUAGAAGGUCACUUUGAAACCGCCGAAACGAGUGAGCAGAAUGCGCUUCUGGAGGAAAUUCAUAUCAAGAGCGAGCCUAUCUGCGAAGAUCUAUGGGAUGUUCUAGACGAGCUUGGGGACAUACUAGAUGAGGCUGAGGAGCAGGCCGACAUAAUGGCCAAGGGGAAGGAGGCCGAUUUGUUGGAGGAGGAGCAGGCCGAAUCGGAUAAAGAUGGGGAUCCAGUAACCACGCCACCGCCGCCCUCCAUCUCAUUGACCGAUGACUUCUCCUUGUUCACCAGAAGGUCACGGCCCUACAACGAUAUUUCCCCCGUCAGCUUUAUUGAAUCCUUGCAGGAGUCUGGAGAAAUAUCAUCCAGUGAUCAAAGCGUGUUUCAGGAGAAGCAACCUGCCAUAAUUAUUAACUCGCCUGAAAUUCCCCUGGUGGAGUUCAGAAUUAGUCCAGAAGAGAAUCCCGAACGCUGCAGAAGUAGGGCUGCUGUCAAAGGAAGGUUAUCCUUGGAAACAUCUCUUUCAAAGGUCAAGCAAAUCAGUUCAGGUCAGAAACGUCUCCGCAGCAAAUCCAAAGAACGGAAGCGUGCUCGAAAAAAGAGUCCCUCAGUUCAAAAACUAAUUGUUAGUCGCAGCCCCAGCCCUCAUUUCAGAGGGAGGAGGAGGAGCCCUGCCUUGGAACCCAAAAGAAGGUCAAGCCCGGCCAAACACAGAAGGCGCAGGAGUCAGUCAAGAGACCACAACCACAGGCGGAGGAGGAGCUCCUCAAGGGACCGGAAAGCGCGCUGCCGUAGAUCACCUUCCCCAAGGCGAAGAUUCAGAUCCAGGUCUCGAAGUCCGAAUCGUACCAGACGUUCCCGUUCCAUACGAAAUUGCACUCCAAAAAGAAGAUCUCGAGAUGCCUCUCCCAGCAUUAGGCACCGGCACAGUCCCUCCCGUGGUCGACCUAGAUCGCCCGGAUUUAAGUCAAGGAAUGUCCGAAGAUACUCUCCAAUACGCCGUCCUCGACAUCGUUCAAGAAGCACAUCUAGGCCAGCCAAAAGCUUGGUACGACAGCGACUUGGAAGCAAAGUUCCGUUGCGGGAUCGUUCAAGGAGUAUACCCCGGCUAGCAGGAAACCCCUUCCCAGAGCGUUCAAGCAGCAGAUCCAAAUCAGCAAAGAUUACGCAGCGAGUGUUUUCAAGGACCGCGUCGAGGUCGCGCUCGAGAAGUAAAAACAGGCCACUAAAGAUCGUGGGGCGCCAGCUCUCCUGCAGCAGGUCCAACGACCCAGAGAGUCCCAUUCAGGGAAGGGAACGUUCAAGGAGUAGAUCUCUGCCUCCCCAGAAACCUACCGUGAAACCACUUGUAGAGAAGUGCUGGUCGGGCGACCGAGGGGCUAAUAUUGUUGAGGUCAAGCUGCCAGUAGACCGCUUAAAGCCACUUCCGGACAGCGCCUCCACUACGUCCACUAUCUCACCGCGGCCUAUCUCCCCGAUGGUUACGCUCCACGACAAUCGAAUCAGCCGCCCAAAGGCGCUGCGCCAAUAUUUGCUGCCCACUCCACCUGCGCCACAAAUUUUCUAUUCGCAGACGCACUACACCCACUUAGAGUAUAGUCCGCAUCAAUUUCCAGGUCACCUGCCCGGGCCAUUCGAUCGUCCUCCACAGACGCUCGGUCCCAUCGGUCGUCCUCCACCGACGCUCGGUCCCUUCGACUUGCGCCGCCGUUUGGCCACGACGCGCUCCCUGUAUUACCUGGGGCCCAGCGAUCUGCGCCACCGGAUCCAGGACAUCUACGGGUCACCACCCGCCUUUAAUGCCUACGCCGAGUGGCCCACGGGUUACCCUGAACAGCAUCCCCCUAGCGGUUACUACUAAGAACCCACAUUUAAACAUUUUAUGUUUUGUCCAAGUAAAAGGCCUUUAUUUGUAUUGCCAAAGAUA